UACUGUAGAGACAACAUGGCAAACAAACUCUUCGCUUCCAUUGUUGUUGUACUGGUCCUGGUGGCGUGUGUCUCUGCUGGAUACGUGGGCAACGGGUACAAAGGCAACAGUAAUCCAGGCAAUUAUCCCGGAAAUCAACCCAAAAACCCAGGAUAUCAACCCAACAACCCAGGCUACCAACCCAACAACCCAGGCUACCAACCCAACAACCCAGGAUACCAACCCAACAACCCAGGAUACCAACCCAACAACCCAGGAUACCAACCCAACAACCCAGGAUACCAACCCAACAACCCAGGAUACCAACCCAACAACCCAGGAAAACCUAAAUAUGGUUGAAGUUGAACAGAGGUAUUUCAACUGACUGGUGACAUGUCAACUCAUGAUGAGUCCAAUUAAGUUUAAGCUAAUUAAUUGAUCUUAGGAUUAACAUGAUACUAGACCAUUAAAGGAUAUAAUCAU